UCAGUGCUUUGUUGUGAGCGCAGCGCCGCACUGCACGAAACAGCAGAAGGUGAAGAGUAGGUUAUUUCCACUCAGCCUGAUCCUGCAGGAUUCAUUCAUGCUUUGCAGAAUGCGGACAGGGAAAUCGUUGGAAGCGCAUCCGAACAGCAGGAGACGGUAGUUCAGCGCACUGCUCGGGCUUUUGUUCGCCGCAUUUCGCUGCAGCGAGGACAGAGACACCGGUCCAGGACAGUACGAAGAUCCACCAGACACGCUUUGAGCUGGAUACCGCUUCAGUAUCACGUGCUGCGUCUGACGUCCCGCUGCUAACAUCUGCUCAGGUUGCGUGAAGGUUGAGCCAUGGACGCCGGGAGGCUGGAGCAGCAGGUGGCCAGCGUUGACCGGGGGAUCUGCUUCCUGAAGCAGGAGCACCUGGCCAUGCUGACCGGCCUGCAGCUGGAGAUCACACACCUGAAGAGGCGCUGUCACGAACUGAGCUGUGAGCUGGACUCCAAGUUUCCUGACAGGAACACAGCAGAGGAGGAAGCAGAGCUGGCGGUGCGUUGCGAGGCCGCAGAGCGCCUCCUGGAGCGGCAGCAGUGCAUGAUGGUCACGGUGCGCGGGGAGCUGCGGGCCGGCCGGGCCCGGGCUGUGGCACUCGGGAGGAGCCUGCGGGAGGAGGAGCGGCGCUUCCUGGAGGAGCUGAAGCGCCGCAGCCACAAGAUCACAUUGCUGAAUCGAGAACUUCAGCGGCAAAACGUCAUGACGACGACGCUGCACCACGAGCUGCACGGCGCACGGUUAAAACUUUUCCAGCAGCGGCAGAGGGGGAAAGGAGAGCAGGAGGAGGAAGAGGAGGAGGAGGAAGAGGAAGGAGGCUCAGACUGGCCUCUGUCUCCUCAUCCCGGUGCCUCCGCCGUCCAGCCGGAUGGGAGACCCAGGAAGAACAUCAGUGUGAGGGAGGAGAGGGUUAGAGCCUGCAUCCCACAGGAGAGAGUCACGUCACCACAGAGUCCACACCCGAUGCCUGACCCCGCCCUCUUCCUGGUGCCGCUCAGGUACCGCCUCCUCCGCUGGAGCCGGCCAAUGAGGCUGCAGGACGGUGAGGAGGGGGAGGACGAGUGGGAGGACAUAGAGGACAGCAGGGUGCCCAGGAGGGUGGAUAUGGGCGCAGGCGAGGGAGAAACGGCUCUGUGACCGUUAACUCAGAGGAGGAGUCUGUAGACAUCUGGAAAAUAAAGUUUUAUAAUUUAGCUUCACAGGAAAUGGUUAAUCUAAACUAGACUUAGAUGUAUUUAUACAAUUACCCAAUUAAGGGUGUGAAAUGUCCUGGAAAGGUUUAGAUGUGUUUGCCUAUAAUCUGAAGAGCAGUGUUGCGUCUGGGUUCAGCGAAUGUUUCACCAGCUGGAACAGCUGGGGCUGCGCCGAAAACCUGACCGCAUUCUGAAUUUGGCCGAUACCAAAUUGUUUUUUGUCUGAAAUGUUGCUAAAUAUAACAAGAAAGUCACUGAAUUGGUAACAAUAGGGGAGUGACUAUUGUUAACUUAAAAUGUGCAGACAUUACGGUCUGUCGGUCAAACCUCUCUUAAGUGAGAGCUGAAGAGGACAUUUUUAGGUAUUUGCUGAGGUGGAUAAGUUCAGCUUCACAUGUAAGUAUCGACAGAUCACCGAUCUCCCAAAAUUAAGGAAAUCUGCGCCGAUAAAUCGACUGGCUUGUAAAUCGGUGCAGCUCUAGAACCUGCUUUAUGUUUAGGAUGGUCACUUGAAAUGGAAAUGUUGUAUUACCUGCACUUUAUUAAAUUCAUACAAUUUGCCUUGUUAUGGCAAACCAUAACUCAUGUUGUCAUCCCUGUUUUCACUGGGGAAAAAAACUUUUCUUAGAACAUUUUAAUAUGUAAGUGUGACUCCUCUACCGGCCUGGUGACGUUACAAAGAGGAAGAAUAGAAAAAAUACAAAUAAUCCAUUUUUACUGCCACUUGCAGGUGGGAGUGAGCAUCACAUGAACCCAAAGUUUUUGACCAUUUUGGUGGAAAAUUUACAGUAAACUCACAAAUGUGCAUUACUGUAAAAAAGUACAUGGGUUUGUUUAUUUUCCAUAUUUCAUACUGCAAUUUGGCAGAUAAAAAACUGCUUUGAUUCGAUUGAUACGAUUACAUUUAAGCACACAACUGUUAUGUUAAAUGUUUUAUUUUUUGCGUCCCUCAUAAAUGGCUACAGUGGACCAGAUUUGGCCCCCGGGCCUCGAGUUUGACACAUGUGCUGCAUGUUGUCAGUUUCCCAGGUCUUAAAAAUCAAACAUUCUGUUGUGAAACAUUUCCCUGCAGCUGCAAAAAAAAGGGAAAAAAUAGAGUUGCUACAGAAAAAUAAAUCUUAUUUUAAUGUUAGUCAAGAUUUAAUUUAUUAUUCACACAGUAUGAACUUUAAUGGAGCUACUACUGAAUAAACAAGCAGCAGCAGAGAGUUUCUCCAGCAGUUGAUUUGCUCCUGGUGUGUUCAGAAUAUUAAUGUCUCGCUCUCUGGUGGCAGCAGACCUUCUUUUCAGCUGAUGCCAAAUAAAUCUUU